UUUCAAAGCGGAUAGCGGGCGCGAAUUCGAUAGCCGGUCUGGUGGUCGUUCCCAUCAGUUGCGUCGGAGAGUGUGAGGGUACCGCAAGGUAGCAACACGGGGUGUCUACGAUGUCUAAAAGGAAGGGCACCUCCGUCAAUGAAAAUCCCAACAAGAGAUCCAGAUCUGUGAAUGAAAGUGAAAAUGCUGCUGACAGUGACCAGGAAGAUCCCAUUCUGAGUAAUUUGCAGUGUGGUGCGGAGGUGGUGAGUGAUGCUGGGAUUGUAGAAAGUAUCACUCUGAAGAAUUUUAUGUGCCACUCGCUCCUUGGCCCGUUUACCUUUGGUUCCAAUGUCAACUUUGUUGUUGGCAACAACGGAAGUGGAAAGAGCGCCGUUUUGACAGCUCUCAUAGUUGCCUUAGGCGGGAAUGCCCAGGCUACAAAUAGAGGAUCAUCCCUCAGGGGUUUCGUGAAGGAAGGAGAAAGUUCAGCUGAUGUUUCCAUCACAUUGCGUAAUAAAGGAAGGGAUGCUUACAAACCAGAGGUGUAUGGGUCGGCUAUUAUUCUAGAUCUAAGGAUAACUCGGGACGGACUGAGAACAUAUAAGCUGAGAAGUAAAUCAGGUCAGCUAAUCUCAACCAAAAAGGAAGAACUUGUCUCUAUUCUGGAUAAUUUCAAUAUUCAGGUCAACAAUCCUGUAUCAGUUCUCACUCAGGAAAUGAGCAAGUACUUCCUACAUUCUAAAGGAGAGGGGGACAAGUACAAGUUUUUUAUGAAAGCCACCCAGUUGGAGCAGAUGAGAGAGGACUUUAUCUACAUCAAAACCACUAAGCAUCUCACAGAGGAUAAAGUUGAGCAACACAGUGAAUGCUUGAAAGACCUAAAACGGAAGUACCUGGAGAAGGAGGACCGUUACAGGAGCCUGGCUUCACUUGAUGAAAUGCACACCAAACUGGAGGAGUUGCAGAAGCAGAUGGCUUGGGCUUUGGUGACUGAGAUGGAGAAGGACUUAGAGCCAAUGAAGGAGAAGCUGCAGGCAGACAGACGAUCCACAGAGAAAUAUGACGACAAGGUGAACGAAUGGAAGAAUAAGGUCGAUGAAGCAGAGGAAAAGUACAAACAGGUCCAGGAACAGCUAGAGAGGAUCACACAGCAAGUCCAGGAGCUUCAACCUAAAUGUGCUGAGCUCAAGACUGAGUCUCAGAAACGCAACAACCUUUUAAAGUCCAGCGAGGUCACAGUCCACAGAUGCAAAGCCAACCUGAGGGACUUGGAAAAGGACAAAACUCAGCUGAUGUCGAGGAUAAAAGAUCUCAAGCUGAGCAUCAGUCAGAAAACGGGAGCAGAGAGCAAAGCCAGAGCAGAAAGGAUCGAGCAGAUCCAGACUGAGCUGGAAAACCUGAAGCAUCAGAUCUCUACACUGGGCCAACAGAUUGACCAGUAUCAGCAUGCCAUCAGUCGCGCCAAAGAAGAACAAGGAAAAAUGAGGAGAGAGCAGGAGGUUCUCCAGAGGUCCAUUGAAGCCAACAGGAGGAAUCUGCAGACAAUGGAGAGCAGUCGGUCCAAUCGGCUGCGGCGUUUUGGAGAGCAGAUGCCUGCGCUGCUAAACGCCAUUCAGGAAUCUCACAGAAGAGGCCAUUUCAAGCACAGACCUCGAGGACCGUUGGGUUACCUAAUUAGUCUGAAGGACCCAGAGCUCGCACUGGCCGUAGAAGUAUGUCUUAAAGGCCAGCUGCUGGCCUUCACAUGUGAUAACUAUGAAGAUGAGAAGGUUCUGCAGGGCCUCAUGGCCAAAAUGUUUCAAGGAGGUCGCAGACCUGCUAUCAUAACUAGCAAUUUCAUCUCACAAGUUCAUGAUACAAGAAAAAAGGCUGUCAGUCAUCCGAACUACCCCUCCGUGCUUCAGGCUCUAGAAAUUGAGGACCCAGUUGUGGCCAACUGUCUGAUCGAUCAGAAGGGCAUAGAGAGCAUUCUGCUCAUUAAGAAUCGAACAGAAGCUCGGAGAGUGAUGCAGAGCAAAAAUCCUCCUGCGAACUGCAUCCAUGCUUUCUCUAAGGAUGGAGAUCAGAUCUUUACUAACCGGAGUUAUGCUGCUGAGCAGACUAGAGCCAACUAUCUCUCAGGAGAUGUUGAGGAGGAGAUCAGACACUUACAGAGGGAGUUGGAAAACCAGAAAGGUCAAGCAUCACGCUUCCAGCAGCAGAUGAGAAAGUUGGAUGACGACGUCAAGGAAAAUGAAGGCCUACUAAGAAGAGCCCAUCAAGAGCAAAAGACCAUUAAAGACAAGGCCACAAAGUUGCAGCUAGAGCUCACAGAUCUACAAAAUGUUGAAGAGCCUCAGUCAGAGGACCUCAGGCCCCUGGAGGAGGAUCUUCAUGAGAUUGUUACCAAGAUCAAGUCCAAGCGAGUGGAGUUAGAUGAGGGACUGGCCCAAAUGGCCGACCUCAAGGGUUCUUAUGAAAAGGCAGAGCAGGAAUACAAGCAGCACAAAGAGUGCAUUAACACUAUCGCAGAGGAGGCUGACUCAGUCAAGGAGGAUCUCAGUAAAACUGACCAGGAGGUGAUAAAAUGCAAACAUCACAAGAAACACUAUGAUGAGAAACGCAGUGCCCAUCUCCACAACAUUCAAACUCUUGAAGGCAACCUUAAAAGCAAAGAGAAGGAGUACGAGAUGUCAGUGGCCAAAGCCAAAGAGAUUUGUCUGGAACGUGUGGAGAGCCGUCGGUCAGCCAGGAGCCUGGACAGCGAGAUCAGUCGUCUCAAGCUUAAGAUCACUUCACAGAAGGAACAACAGGGAGACCGUGAGGAGAUUGUGAGGCAGUACCACGAGGCUCUGGAGAGCUACAAGAACAUGACACAGCAAAUGAAGAACCUCAACAGCUUCAUCAAAAGCCUCGACAGUGUUAUGAACCACAGACUUCAGGCUUAUGCCGAGCUCAGGAGGUUCCUGUCAGCCCGCUGUAAAUACUACUUUGAUAGCAUGUUAGCCCAGAGAGGCUACAGUGGAAGUAUGAUCUUUGAUCACAAGAACGAAACCCUCUCCAUUUCCGUGCAGCCAGGCCAAGGAAACAAGGCUGACUUGAGUGACAUGCGCUUGCUGUCCGGAGGGGAGCGCUCUUUCUCCACUGUUUGUUUUGUCCUCUCUCUUUGGGCGAUCACAGAGGCGCCUUUCCGCUGUCUUGAUGAGUUUGAUGUUUACAUGGACAUGGUGAACAGAAGGAUAUCCAUGGACAUGAUGCUGAAGGUGGCUGCCAGUCAGCGCUACAGACAGUUCAUUUUCUUAACCCCACAGAACAUGAGUUCCCUUCCAGAAAGCAAAAUCAUCCGCAUCCUCCGCCUCAAAGAUCCAGACCGGGGCCAGAGAAAUACGCAGAGAAGUGAAGACGAGGACCAGUAAUAUUGCUAGCUCUGUUUAACAUGAUAAAACCUUAAAGUGCCUCUGAAACACUGAUGCCCCGCUUUUCGGAAAUGUUUGUAAUAUUGAAGGCCUUCAGCCGCAAGUUAGUUACUUCUCAGCUAAACUUCGGUUUUGAGAAGCUUCAGUUUUGUUCAUGUAAACAAAAAUAACUGUUCAGUGUGCUGUUUGUCAAAGAUUUUGUUCUCUAAUACUGGAUUCAGACAGUAAUAAAAAUGUUGUAUGUUCAGAUAAGUACAGUUACAGGGAAGGAGUGUUUUUAUACCCACAAGAAAAAAUAACCGUUAACGGACUUGAAAACGGGCACAUUGGAGGAGUAAAUGGGGUCGUCGUAAGCGCGGGUUGAGUUUCUUUAAAUUCAGUUCAAAAUUGGUUUAUUUUGUUUUAAGUGUAGCCUCAUGGAGUCUUUUUCCACCUCAGGUUUGUCUAAUGCAAGUAAGUGUAUUAAGGUGCUGCUGAAGAAACCUAAAACACAGUUGUGACACCAAAAUUUUGAGCAUAUUUUUGUUUUUUUUAAGUAUAGUCUUUAUAAAGGUUUCUUUGACUGUCUUACAUUAUACUAUCUCAUUUACUGUGCUAGUGCUGUCCUGAAGGUUACAGGGGUUGUGUGGUAGUUGGGCUGUGGCACAAAGCAAGGGGUGAUAUAGGGCACCCGUUGGUUAUUGUAAUUGGCCUAUGUUAUGUAUAUUGUUAUAUUUAUUAACUGAUAUGUUUCCCAGUACUUAUUAAAAGAAUUUAAGGGUAAUCCCUCAUCCCCACUGACAUUUCAACCUGUUGCUCACUGAUAAUUAUAAUUAAAGAUAAUUUUAUAAAUCUGUUUCAGAAAA